GAGCACCGGCCCGGCGGGGCGGAGCCGGAAGGUGGGUCCAUUUCCGGCCCGCGCGGCACCCUGGGGUGGCUCUUGGCGAUGCGGCGCUUCCCCGGGAGCCUGGAAGACUUUCGGGCCGGGACGUGCGGCGGCGCGCUGGAUUUGAGCAUCGAUGCCAUGGAUGUAACAGGAGAGCAGCAGCAGGACAUAGAGCACAAGCCAUUUAAACAGCACUUGGAUAAAGCUGCCAAUCAUGUGACUCCAGAAGCUGACAGACAUGAACUGGGGAAAGAAGAAGAAAAGGUGUUUGAUCCAAAUGCUUUGGAUGCCGAUGGCUGUGAAAGCUGUUACGGGGCAGAGUCGGAGGACAUUCGGUGCUGCGAUACUUGUGACUAUGUCAGAGAAACAUACAGGUGACGAGGCUGGGCCUUCUAGAACCCGGAUAGCAUAGAGCAGUGCAAGAGGGAAGGAUUUAGCCAAAAAAUGCAAGAGCAGAAGAACGAGGGCUGCCAAGUGUGUGGUUUCCUGGAGGUCAACAAGGUAGCUGGAAAUUUCCACUUUGCACCGGCAAAAAGUUUCCAACAGUCUCAUGUACAUGGUAAAGUAUUUUCUUUUCCUGCUUAUUGUGACCUUUAGCUUCCAAGUGUUUUAGACCAUUUCCUUUGAACAUCUUUGCAUUGCUAUCUGUGGUAAUAGCAGCAUUGCUUCAGGGGGGAGGACAUUGGUAAAAUUUUGUUAGAGAUGUUUGGAACUAUCAGGAAUGAAUAGAAAAGUGUUUUCUGAAGGUGCUGCCACAUGGGUGUGGGAGAAUAUGGAGGAGAAUGUGUCUGGGCAGUCUCUCAACCUCACUUGUUCUACAAAACUUUGCUGCCCUGCUGUAAAACAACCUCAGGUACGGUGUUCGGUCCAGGACCUAAAUAUCAGUAUCUCUGGAAGGGAUGUUUUGGAGAAAAGCUCUUGUCAAGGCAAUUCAGAACUUUCAGAGUAAA